AUGGGAGAAGAAAACGAAUAUGAUUACGAGCACGAAUAUAAAGACGAAUACGAACACGAAUAUAAGCCGUCCUUGAGCUUAGACAACACCGUGGAAACGUUGCUUAUCAAGAAUGAAGGUGAUUUCAUCAGCGUCGAACAGGGCAAAGAGACCCUAACAGCAACUGGAGCAACUGGAGUAACCGCUACCGCCGGCACAAUACACACAUCAGCACACGCACGCAAGCGUAACUCACAACAAUUGCAACAUCCACCACAUCACCCAGCGGGUGCACAUCAUCAACAUCAGUCAGCUUCGCAACAACAACAGCAACAACAACAACAACAACAACAGAAACGUGAUGAAAAUAUGCGGCAAUUGUUGGAUGUAACAAAUACGUUGACAUUUGAGGAGUUGCGUGAUUUUGAAAUGCGGUAAGUUUCACCGCUCAUAGCCUCU